AUGAAAACAAGGUGUGUUUUUUUUUGUUUUGUUUUAAUUUUUUAUUUUCCUGUAUUAUAUUUUUUACAUAUAUUAAUUAAAUGUGUACAUAUAAAAAAAAUAAGAACAAGAUAUUUACCCUUAUUUGUGUGUAAUCACAAACAAAAAUAUGUAACGAGGAAUAAAUCUUUAAUAAAAAAAAAAUCAACUUAUUUUAAAACAUUUUUAUGGGGAUAUCCUAUAUAUGAUGAUUCACCACAUAAAUUAAGAAGACAAAAAAUAUAUCCGAAUUUUGAAUAUGGAGAACUAAGAAAAGACCAAGACUAUGAUUACGUUAUAACUACUAACCUAAGUCAAAAUAACCAUAAAGUUCCAGAUGUUGGCUACUUUUUCAAUGUUGAAGAAAUGGGAACCGGAAAAACUGACGACAUUCACACACCAAUUGAAGUAGUUUUCGGUGAACGAGAUAUCGAUUCCAAAGAGGUGGAAAAAAUUAAGGAUGUUUUAAAUACGUUCGAUCAAGGAAAUGGUUUGGGAAUUUGUACAUUGAUGGGAGCAAAAAGAGGACAUUUUGCUUUUAAAUAUAAUGGCUAUCUGGGUCACUUUCAUGGUAUUAAAAACUAUCUAAGAUUUUUAAUUAACAAGCAUUAUCCAGGCUCAAAAGUAACUCUCAUCAGUGAGCACUGGAUCGAUAAUAUUGACCAGCCAGUUUGCUUAAGGCACAGCAACAUUCCGCUUUCAAAAAUUGGUCAUCAACGGAGAUUGAUAUUUGGCAAGUACGAUUACAUAUAUGAAAAUGACAAGAAUAAGAAAAUAUACAAAGGAGAAAAUAGAAGUAACGUCUGGGCAUUUUAUAACGAUCCACAAAUGUUAACAUGA